AUGUCACCUUCCUGUAAUGUCUGCGAAAGAGAGUUAAAUGGAAUUACGAUUGCGAAGCAAAGUCUUGUUAAAUUUUGUAAGGAUGUUUGUAAUAUUAUGAUAAAUAUUGCUGAUAUUGAUAUACCUUGUAGCAUAUCAUCUUGUAAUAAUUUAUGCUUUCUCAUGAAAUUUUGGAUAUAUGAGUAUUUAAUGAAAAUUACUACUGAAGAAACUGAAGUUAAAAGCUUUUAUAAUGCUCUCAAAUCUAUUAUUUAUGGUGAUCCAACCAAAUGGAAUAUAUGUAAUAUAAAUUUUUACAUGGAAAAAGAUGAUUUUAUAAUUUUCAAAUAUAUUUAUGAUUUUUUAUACACUUAUAAGGAUAUGAGAAAUGAAAUAUCUAAAAAAUAUGAUACGGAAGUUAAAUUAUAUUGCAUACAUAUUAAAGAAUUUCUUAGAUAUUAUAAUAAUAUUAAAGGAAAUUGUAAUGAUAGUGAAAAAUGUGUAUAUUAUUAUGAAUUAGAUAAAUUCAAAAAUGUUUUCACAUACGGAGGUGAAUUAGAUUAUAUAUAUAAUAAUUGUAAAUAUGAAAAAACAGCGUGCACAUCAAAUUCUAUAGAAGAAGAAAUUCCAUGCUUAAAAGAGAAAGAAUAUAAAUAUCUAUUUUCCAUGGAAUUUGAUGAUACACAUAAUAUUAUAAGUAUAAUAUCCUAUAUAGCAAUCUUGAUUAUUCCCAUUUUAGGGUUAUUAUCAAUUUUUAUAAGGUUAAUUCAUUUUCUUUUCGAAAUUAUAAACAUUUUAAAUCACAAUAUUUUUAUUGUUUUAUUGUUUAUGGUUACGUUCACGGAUGAGAAAGAAGAAGAAUACACACGAAAAUAUAAGUGA